AUGCUGCGAUCAUUAACUACUACAACUACUUGUAGGCCCACGAGAUCAGUCGUCACGCGUAUUACUAGAAUUAUGAGUAGCACAGCCAAGCCUGAAGACGCUAAGUUUUUAAAAGCAGCGCCGGUUUCCGACCCUCAGGAAUGCAAAUGGAUUGGCCUCGAGAAAAUCGAGUAUUUGGACCCUACAGGGAUCAAAAGACAAUGGGACAGUGCAGUAAGAAGAACCAGGACUUCGGGUGGAGUUGACGCGGUUGGCAUCCUUGCUAUUCUGAAAACCCCCGGAAAAGAACCGGAGGUUUUGAUCCAAAAACAGUUUCGGCCGCCUGUUGCUGGGGUGUGCAUCGAAUUACCAGCUGGUCUCGUAGACGAGGGCGAAUCAGUAGAAGUCACCGCGCUACGUGAACUAAAAGAAGAGACUGGCUACAUCGGGAAGAUUUUGACUAAAACGCCUACUAUCUUCAAUGACCCGGGAUUCACCAACACCAACCUUUCGCUCGUGACCGUGGAAGUGGACAUGACUUUACCGGAAAACCAGAACCCACAAACUGAAUUGGAAGAGAACGAAUUUAUCGAGUCCGUUAGAAUUCCUCUUAAGAAUUUUGCGCAUCAUUUGAAAGACCUCGCUAGCCAGGGCUACAAAUUGGACGCUCGUGUGCAAAACAUUGCUGCUGGGAUUGAACUCGCUCAAAUAUACUCGCUUUAA